AUGGAUGCGGUACAGUUACGACGACGAUAUCUCGAUGUCAACAUCGCCAAUGGCUCUCUGGACCGAACUAUCGGCGCCAUCGUCCCUUGUAUGGUGCUGGCCUUCAUAGCACUGGCGAUGCGUCUCGCUUCUAGGCGUAUCAAAGGGUCGAAAUUCAUCAUAAGCGAUUAUCUCGCCAUUGGUGGAUUCAUCUGCGCAUGGGCUGUAGGUCUGAUAGUAAUAGAGGAGGCAAGAAUAGGAGAGAUUCAACCCGUGACAAUCUCCAACCGGCGCAAGGUCCUCAAGAUCAGUUUCGCCUCGGGGAUGUUCUACGGCACCGGCUUUUCUCUAAUUAAGUUGUCCAUUAUAAUGCUAUAUCGGCAGCUAUUUCCUACGCGGUUCAUUCGUGUUAGUACCGCGAUACUGUCUUUCUGCGUCGUUGGGUGGGGUAUCGGUCUCGUAGUUGCAACUAUCUUCACUUGUCAGCCUAUCCACGGCUUCUGGGACGUCGAUAUACCAUCCAAGUGUAUUAAUACGAAAUGGUUCUGCGUCGGUAACGGCAUACCUAAUAUGAUUACCGAUGUUUGCUUGUUAGGCCUACCUGACUCGUUACUCGAAGAAUACAUGCUAAUCCUCUUCGUCGAAGUGCGCGAGGUAUGGCGUCUUCAGCUUAGUUGGCGUUCCAAAGCUGCCAUCAGUAGCCUUUUUAUCUUGGGUGGUUUCGUUAUAGUCGCAAGUGGUCUACGCAUUGGUUCCAUGCUGGUCACCGAGUCCAGCAGUCUGACUUGGACCUAUGUCGAUGUCAGCGUUUGGGCAAGCAUUGAGAUAAACGUUGCUGUCAUGUGUUGCUGCUUUCCCACUGUUCGGCCAGUUCUUGCUUGGCUUCUGCCCAACUUUCUUAAACGCAGAAAGCCGCCAGUCGAGAUGGUACAACCUGAGUACAAACCAAAACCCCUACGUAUCAGACGCACUACGGAAUUUGAUCUCAAGAUCCCUGAAACCGAAGAUAGUUUUACCCCUUUGCAGAGUGUGGUAACCCGGUCGGAGUCAUGA